AUGUCAGAUAAUUCUACCAUGGGACUAUUUAUGAUAUCAAAUCCAGUGUUCGAAUGUUAUGCAUUUUACGGAAGCAUUCUUAUUUUAAAAAUGAUUUUGAUGUCUUUUCUAACAGUACUUCAGCGAUUUCGAAAAAAAGUUUUCAUAAGCCCAGAAGAUACUGCAAUUAGCAAAGGAGGCGGGGAAAUUAGAUAUGAUGAUCCAGAUGUAGAAAGAGUAAGAAGGGCACAUUUAAAUGAUUUGGAAAAUAUACCUAUAUUUUUAAUCACUGGAUUACUUUUGGUUGCCAGCAAACCUCAAGAAAUGAUAGCGAACAACUUGUUUAGAAUUUAUACAUUUGUACGAAUAAUGCAUACAAUUUCUUAUGCUGUGUUUGUAUUACCCCAACCUACAAGAGCAAUAUUUUUUAUUGCAGGAGCAGUUAUAAAUAUUAUUAUGGUAGCAUUUGUUAUCUUAAGUAUGCAUUAUUUUUAA